AUGGACAUCAACAAGUACUCGGAUGCUGGUAGGAAGAGGGCCUAUCGUCUCUACUCUAUUCUUUCUUCCUACUUGAAAGGUAGGCCCCUUAGGCUCCUGAAGGCUGUCACGAACCGUGACGGGCUCCUCGUUUGGCAGAGACUACAUCAGGAAUUGAAGCCUUCUACCAGAAGCCGUGAGCUGGCGCUUGCGGAAGCGCUGGUGUCGUUUCCGCCACUUCAGGCUGGAAGCUCCCUCCUUGAAUAUGUGUUGGUCUACGAGAGACUGAUCCGCGAAUAUGAGGCUGUCAGUCAUACCUUUUAUCCUGACAACUUGAAGAUGAGCACACUUCUGAAGGGAUUGCCGAGUGAUGUGAAGCGACACAUUCAGUUGAACUUGUCCGGUGACACAACAUACACGGGGCUUAGAGACAAGCUUUUGCAGUUUGAGAAGACUACGGCUAGUUGGACUACAGAACAUGUCAUGCGUGGUUUGCAGCUCACAUCAUCAACUACGUCAUCUUUCGGCAUGCCUUUCACGAGUGAUCAGAGCGGUCCGAGUCCAAUGGAGAUUGAUAGACUUCAUGCUGAGUCUGGUGGUAAGCCCAAAGGCAAGGGAGCGUUUGGUGGUGGAAAGUACGGCAAAGGCAAGCCCUACCAGAAGGGCUUGAAGGGGAAACCAUUUGGGCUUCAAGGAGUCCCUGGAGGUUUCCAUCAGAAAGGCUUCAAAGGCAAGGGCAAGUUCGGUGGCAAGAAAGGAAAGCUCAUGAUGUCGCCCUUCUACGGUAGUGGAAAAGGAAAGUCACAGCAGAAAGGCAAGCAGAACAAAGGUCCCAAAGGUAAAGGUUCGAAAGGUGUUGGCCCUUGCUACGCGUGUGGUCGCAUGGGACAUGUGGCUGCAGACUGUUGGGGCACUGUUCGUCAAGUGGAGAGCGGCGCUGGCACGUACGCUCCAAGUGUGGCUCCGAGUGACUCUGCAUCCCAGGUAAAACCUGGGUCUACAGCGGCUACAGCAAGUACGACGGCUUCAACUGCUACUGGUGGUGUGGCGACUUCGAUGGCGAGGCCUGCUCAGAGCGCGGGGUUUGUUCGGAGGUUGCAAGCUGCUGGACUUGGAGAUCUAGGAGAGUGCACUGAGAGUGAGCAUGGCGAUGAUCAGCAGUGGAGUGAUGCUUUGUAUGACGCUGAGUGGCAGAUGCAGUUCGAAGCUGACGGUGAGCAGUAUCUAGAUGAAGCAUCCUGGGAAGCCUACGUAGCUGAAGCCGAGUGGGAUCCUUAUGAUCAAGCUUCUUGGGAAGCUUAUGCGGAAGCUGAGUGGGCAUCUUGGCCUACGGAGCCUGAGUACGGAGAUUGGGUGCGACGCCUUGGGGUGUCAGACGAAGAGUCCGAGCUAGUGAGUACGAGUUGUUUGGUUUAUGAUCUCACGGUGCAAGAUGAGCUCUCUGACGAUCCGGAUUGUGAAGCUGAAGAACCAUUUCAUGAAGAUGAGCUUUGUGAUUGUGAGGGAAGCUUCAUAGACAAUAUCGCUGUAGGGGAAGCCAACAUCACUGCCGAUCAACUCCAUCAUCAUGUGCGUGCUGUCGGGACUGUGGAGCUUGAGAGCGUGAUUUUCGAUAGCGGUGCGGAUGUCACAGUCCUUCCAAUUGAUCGCUUUGCGGAGGUAGGUGUGAGAACUUCCGACAACAGAAAGCCCUACAAGCUUCGAGAUGCGCAGGGCAACUCCAUUCCAGGAGGUAGCCUGAGAGCUCGAGUCCAAUUCGAGGUUGAAACGAUGGAAGGCGACACGGUCGUCUUUGAAGAUGAUGCUGUGCUGGCGCAGGUCGCAGCACCGCUGCUCUGUUCAGCACGGUUGUUUCGAGAUGGCUGGAGUUUGGUUCAGGGUGAAGAGUCUAUGCUGUUGUCCAAGGGUGAGAGACAUGUGCCUGUGCAUUUCCAGAAGAACUCGUUGGCCAUGAACAUGUACAUCAGACAGAUCUGUGAUCAAGAUGAGCUUGACGUUCGUGCAGUUCUUCAUGUCGGUGAUGAACUUGUGCAGACAGUUGUGAGGGGCACGGACGGUUGGCAGCUAACGAGUGAUGAAACUCCUGUAUUCGUGAGCAAGCACUCGUCGGUCACAGAAGAUCCCAGUCUUUCGUUUCCGUGUGAUCAUUGGCCCUAUAGAACUACGCUUCUUCACAUCCCAGGUCGUCCGAAACCAGACCAUUUCGAAGUCUUUGAGUUGGGAGCGUAUUGGGAAGGCAAUGAACGGAAACAGAUUUCACCUGAUGGGGCGAACUACACCAUUCUCACUUUGCUGUCUACACGUCCUGUUGAAAUCCAGCGCUUCGGGAAGCUUGUACGUGAUUCGGUACCGGCAGCUGGCAUCGGAGAAGAGUUGGAGAGAGAAAAGAGGGAGAGUGAACGCGCGGAAGCUCAAGAGGCUUUGGCGGCGCGCGAUGCGGAACAGGCUCCUAUGGUGCCUCCUCCAGAAGUUCAGGUAGAUGAUGGAAGAGAGAGAGUUUCACUUGCUGGCAUAGAUGUUGAUGAAGCUUCGUCAUUGGGAACACUUCGUGCCGCAUGCAAGUUCUUGGACAUCUCCCAUCAUGGUACAAAGGCUGUGCUAUGGAAUCGCAUCAAACAAUCGGUCACAAAGUCUAGGCUAGAUGCAGUCACGCAGAUUGCCGACGCAGUGUUGAAAGAGUAUGAGAGACCUGCUGAAGGAGAACCGCUAGCAAAGUUGCCAUCGGUUGCUGAACAAGAAUUACAUGCUCUAACACAUUUACCGCGACAACCAUGGUGCCAAGCAUGCCUAGCUGCGCGCUCGAGAGAGGAUAAUCAUACCGCAACUUCGCCCGAAGAACGUGCAAUACCAGUCGUGUCAGUGGACUACAUGUACACUGGGACCGAGGGCACAGCAGAUGAGAGAGAUCCGUUGUGUGAGCACUUGUUGGUCGUCGACAUGAAGACAAAGUAUGUCCUGGUCUUGCCCAUUGACGUCAAAGGUGGAGCUUCAGUUCGCGGUUGCACUGAGGAGAUUGUGAGAAUGAUGUCGUCCUUAGGGUGUCGCGAAGUACACAUCCGCGCUGAUACCGAACCAGCGAUGAACCAGCUUGUAGACCACAUCACUCAAGUUCGCACGAAGCUUGGAUUCAAGACAGAACGCGAGCCUGUGCCCCCAGAUGCGUCAACACAUCAAGGAUUGCCUGCAGAGCGCUAUGUGCAAACAAUACGUCAGCUUGGAAAUUGCCUCCUUAGAGCGAUUGAGUUGAAGUGUGGCUACCAGGUCAAGUCGUUUCACCCGGUGUUCACAUGGGCAUUCCGACAUGCAGGGUGGCUUCAUUCUCGUUAUCAUGUUCUAUCGUCUGGUCAAACUCCUUACGAAUUGAUCCAUGGCCACUCGUUUGCCGCGAAAAUUGCUCCUUUCGGAUGCUCAGUGUUUGCUCAGUGCCUGCCCAAAGUCAAGGCCAAGGGUGCAACGUGGAUCAAGGGUGUGUACCUAGGCAGAUCCCAUAGUGGCGCGCUCAAUGUGAUCGGCACCUCUGAAGGUAUACAAUUUGCUCGUACUAUCAGGAGGUCCCCUACCGAGUUUGAACCGAUGCUCUUGGAUGCAGUGAAAGGCGUAUCGUGGAAUUUGACUCUUGGUGUAGUUGGUGUUCGAGUCCCUCGUGGUGGUCGUCGUAUUCGUCUCCCAGCAGUUGUUGAGCAAGCAGAACAAGCACCUCCAGAAGAAGAACGAGAUCAGAGAGAGCAAAGUGGACCGGGAGAUGAAGCAGGUUCAGACCCAACAACUUCCUCAUCCUCCUCUACCUCUAAGAAAGACGUGUCGCUCGACUCCAUGUCACUACCAGGCGAGAGCGGCAGUGGGAGCAGUGGCACUGGAUCUGCAUCUGGUGGAUCACGAGACAUCUUGGCAGAGAAUGUUGGAGUAGAGGAGGAAGGUAGUGCAGCUUUGGAGAGCAGUCCGAAGUUCAGAAAGCUUGGUGAGGGCCGUGUUGCACAUGUUUCAUUUAUGGUGCGCAGACUUAGAGAUGACUUGUAUGACCCGUCAGAGCCGAUUGAAGUCCCGGAAGUGUCUGAAGAGCAUGAUCAAGUAGUGGAUCCUCAAGACGAUGGUGAGUUCAAUCAGGUAAUUGAUGAGAUGGACACGAUUAUGCUGAACAACUACGAAGCGGGUCCACCAGAGCUGAGCGAUGAGGCCUUGGCACAACUCGAUGCCGAGCGUGAUCAGUUCGAACUCGAUAGGCUUGUUGGCAUGGGUGUAUUAGUGAAUGCAGAUGAAGAACAGUUGGAUGAUGACACAACCGAGUUGAGCUCAAAGUUCGUCCGCGAUUGGAGGUGGAGAGAUGAUAAGUGGACAAGAAGAAGCCGCCUGGUGGGUCGAGAGUUUCGUUCUCUAUCCCCAGAGCUUGAUGACUUGUAUAGUCCAGCUUCUAUCUCUAGUACCACAAAACUCCUUGCGGCAAUGGCUGCUACAUCAGUUGAGCUAGAGCUGUAUUCGCUAGACAUUUCAGACGCUUAUCUCAUGGUCCCACAGCGCACACCCAAAUACGUCAGGGCCAACGGCCGGGUCUACAGAAUCCUGUACAAUCUACCAGGUCAACGGGAUGGUGCUCAGGGAUGGUAUGAGUUCUUCAGUGCAGUGCUUCAGAAGCAUGACAUGAAAGUUUGUGAAGUUGCUCCAGCGAUCUUUGCUAUCCCGGGGAGACUGGUCAUCAACACUCAUGUGGAUGACGGCAAGGUUCUUGCUGCACCGGGCGAGAUGGAGAAGCUUCGAGAGCACCUCGAAUUAAACAAGUUGAAGGUGAAGGUUGAAGGACCGUGUAGGUUGGAUUCCGGUAGCUGUCGCUUCUUGAAGAGGGCGUAUGAAGGGCAUGGUGACUACAUCAGCGUGAAGCAGGAGCCAAAGUAUGUUCUGAAGAUUCUUGAAGUUUUAGGGUACCUCAAAGGCACUAUGGAUCAUGAGACUCGAUUCCCAGCUACAUGUCCAGGUCGUUCGUUCUUGAAUGAGCAGAGUGGCAUCGGUGACCACUCAUCGUUUGAGGUUGAGAACUUGCUUGAAACGGUGUCGGAUGCAGACUUUGCUUCGGGUGAUGAUCGGAAGUCUACCACGGGCUUUUGCAUUUUCUUGAACGGCAUCCCAGUGUACUCGACAUCUCGUAGGCAGCAUGUGAUUGCUCUGAGUUCUAUGGAAAGUGAGCUGUAUGCCUGUUUAGCAGCCGUAGCUGAAGGAUUGUUCCUGAAAGAAGUGGUGAGUUUCAUCACUGGCAAGAAGGUUGAAUUGGUGCAUCGGACGGAUGCGAGCGCUACUAUUGGUUUCUGCAAGAAGGCUGGUUGUGGUCGGACGCGUCACUUGGCAACCAGUGCAUUGUGGAUUCAGUCAAAGCUUAAGGACGGUAGCUUCAGCAUUCGCAAGAUCAGUGGGAGAGUGAACCCUGCAGACCUUUUGACAAAGACUUUCAGUGCAUCAAAGAUGAAUCAGCUGCUUUACCAUUUCCAUGUCUUUGAUAGUGAGACUCGCUUGGGUGAUGAAGAACACGCGCAAGAGAUCAUCAGAAGGACCAUUUUUGGGUCCACAGGCUUGAAAGCAUUCAGACUCAUGUUAGCCUCUAUGUUGAUCGAUCGAGCGGAAGGCGUGACAGUUUCAGCAGUUGAGUCCCACGGGACAUGGAUGAAAGUAGCGAUGGCCUCAAUGCUGAUGCUCAUGGUUCUUCUUCCAAUGCUCCUCAUCCUGGCAAAGAACCCAAAGCUUCAGGACAAGGACAAGGAACAGCAGCGCCAGGAACACCGUGGUUUCUAUCGGCAUCAGCAAGCUUCGACCUCAACUCCGACGACGAGCGGAAACCCAGCGGUAGCAAGGAGAAGAAAACCAGACAAGUUUCCCAAAAGUCAAGACAUUCAGCUUAUGCCAAGAAAACCCUUCGGCGAUUCCUCUAUGAACAACACCAGAAGCUCAAGUCAACAGACUUCUAUGCCAAGAAUCCCAAAGUCCUACAACAACAAGCUGAUGAGUACACAAACCUGGUUCACAUGGGAAGAUUAUCAGCCUUGGAUGUGGAUAUGGUUGCUGGUCGUCUCCUUCGUGCUCCUUUUGACGACCUGUAUGUGCAGACGGUUGCCGACUAUCGUUAUCAACAUCGACUUGUGGCCUCAACGAGCUCAAAGUCCAGUGGCAAAUCCUCUUCUACCGGGAGAUCAAAGAGAACCUGAACAUCUACGUGAAGUACAAGAUCAGCGACUUCCUCAUCGAGACGCCGGCGCACAACGUGAAGUACCAGAUCAACGACUUCCUCAUCGAGACGCCGGCGCACAACGUGGAGUACAAGAUCAACGACUUCUUCGUGGACAAGAUCCUCAUGCACAUUAUGGCCGCGACGACAACAACAAUCCUGGUUUGGAUGGUGUUACCCAACGAAGACUACACGAGUGGAUGGAACAGGAGGUGUUGCCAAUACUUCAAAAUCAUACUCCGCGGUGCCGUAUGGACGGUAUAGAUGGAAACAUGCGGGUUCACAUUGCAACUCACUAUGGGCGCUCAUGUCAUCGUAGAGAUUGCAGUAGCAUCACGAAGGACGCCAAAGCCACUCGAGAGAUGAGCUUAUCACAAGCAGUAGAGCGCGGACUUGCACCGUGCCACCGUUGCCUCUAUGACAUCUACGAAAGCUUGAAGCAGCAGAAUCCAAAUGACAAGAUGUUCAACAUCAAGAAGAAACAACGCUGA